AAACAAUCGAAUGGCUUCAGCCACCUAGGUGGCUAUGCUAAUUUAGCAGCUAACAUUGUAAAGCAUCAACGCUGUGUGCUAUUUAUUUGGGAGGAUGGCUCCUCGCUUGCAGCUCGAAAAAGCCGCUUGGCGAUGGGUAGAGACAGUUAAACCAGAGGAAAUCCGACGAGAACAUAUUGAACUAGCAUACCGAAUCGCAGUACCGGCUUGCAAGAGAGGAACAUGCAGGAGGAACUGUAAAGGGAACCCCAAUUGCCUGGUUGGUAUUGGAGAGCAUGUAUGGCUUGGAGAAAUUGAUGAGAAUACCUUCCACAAUAUUGAUGACCCAAACUCAGAGCGACGAGACAAGAACACAUUUGUGGGCCUUACAAAUUUAGGUGCCACAUGUUAUGUAAACACUUUCCUGCAGGUGUGGUUCCACAACCUGGAGCUUCGUAGAACCUUAUACCUGUGUCAGAACUCUAGAGCAGAAGGACACAACAUGGACUCAGACUAUGAGCCAAGAACGAUAUGUGAACACCUACAGUACCUGUUUGCGCUGCUGCAGAACAGCAAUCGAAGGUACAUCGACCCCUCGGGCCUCGUUAAGGCUCUGGGACUGGAUACGGGACAACAGCAGGAUGCUCAGGAGUUUUCCAAGCUCUUCCUCUCACUUCUUGAAGACACCCUUUCCAAGCAAAAAAACCCAAAUCUUCAAAAUGUCAUCCAGCAGCAGUUCUGUGGGCAGUUCUCAUAUGUUACUAUAUGUAACCAAUGUGGUCGUUCAUCUGCUCACCCAUCGCGAUUCUAUGAGCUUGAGCUCAACAUUCAAGGACAUAAGAGCCUUACAGAGUGCAUCACAGAGUUCUUGAAGGAGGAGAAACUAGAUGGAGAUAAUCGCUACUUUUGUGAAAGCUGUCAGAGCAAACAGAGCGCCACACGGCGGAUCAAACUACACAGCCUCCCACGAACACUCAACCUUCAGCUUAUGCGAUUUGUCUUUGACAGACAAACUGGUCACAAAAAGAAGUUGAACACUUUCAUUAGUUUCCCUGAACUUCUUGACAUGGGUCCAUUUUUGGAGGGAAAUGGGGACAAUUGCGUUUAUGAGCUGAGCGCCGUACUUAUACACCGGGGUAUUAGCGCCUACUCUGGCCACUAUAUUGCACACGUAAGAGACGCCCGCACCAGUGACUGGUACAAAUUUAAUGACGAGGAGAUCGAAAAGAUGGAGGGCAAGAAACUACAACUGGGCGUUGAGGAAGACAUAGCUGAAACUGUUAAAUCCCAGACUCGGAAACCUAAGUGUAGCAAAGGCUACCACUGUUCCAGAAACGCCUAUAUGCUGGUAUAUAAGCGCCAGGUAGAGGAGGGCACUCAGACAGAAACAAAUGUUGAGAUACCAGCUUUUCUGCAGAGACUGGUGGACAGGGACAAUAAGAAGUUUGAAGAAUGGUGUACAGAGAUGGCAGACAUGAGGAAACAGAGUGUAGACAAAGGCAAAGCCAAACACGAGGAGGUGAAGGAGCUCUACGAAUUGUUACCUGCAGAAGACGGCUAUCCUUACGAGUUCAUGCCUUUGGAUUGGCUGAAAAAGUGGUUGGACGACUCCACCGCCAUCAAAGAGAUUGACAACACUCCUUUUCUGUGUUCCCACGGCAAACUACAUCCAGACAAAAUCGGCGAAGCUAAACGGAUAUCCCACAAGGCCGCCGAACUUCUCUUCAGCCGUUACGGAGGAGGCCCCAGACUAGACCAAUCCUCUCUCUGCAGAGAUUGUGUUACUCAGCGAUGCAGGGUGUUGCGACUGAAAAACCAGCUCAAUGAAGACUACAAAGAAGUGUCCAACCUCGCCAAACUCCCGCCGAAAAGUGAGCAGGGAUUCUGGAUCGGAAAGGCCUCCCUGAGGAGGUGGAGACAGCUGGCGCUGGAACAGCUGGAGGAGGAUGAGGAGGAGACGAAACACACCACCAACAAAACCAACGGAGAAAAAAACAGCAGCACGGAGUCGACAGAUGAUGGAAAAGAGGAGAAGGAUGAAGGAGAGGAGGAGGAGAUGAAGACUUUCAAUGAAGACAUUCUGUGCUAUCACGGAGGUUUGAGUAUACUGGAGAGUGAAAGGAGGCUGGUCUCAGUGGAGGUGUGGAACAAACUGAAAGUUUACUUCCCUAAGGCGCCUGAAUUCACCCAGCAACAGGAGCCAUGUCAACAGUGCUUGAGACUGGACAGGGAAGGCAAAGAGAAUGAGGCACUGAACAGGAUGAUGGCCACUGAGCAGAAGAGCUCCCUACUCAACCUUUUCCAGGAGAAGAACCGGCCUACCCUCCAAAAAUGGCCACAGGACACGGAUGUUCUGUAUAUUGUCCCACUGUUUUUUGUGGAUGAAUGGAGAAAAUUUAUCAGGAGACCUGCUAAGACGAACCCUGUGUCCAGCGUGGGGAACAGCAUUCUCCUUUGCCCCCAUGGAGGCUUUAUGUUCACCUAUGACUCUAUGGUCAAUGGUGACGCCCAGCAUAUAGCUCUUCUCUGGCCAAGUGAAUGGGAGGUGAUUAGCAGACUGUUUCUAGUGGACCAGUCAAUCUCAAUAUGUAGGAUUUAUGACAAAUCACGAGACAGCGUAGAGUAUCAAACUCAACCAGAGCUGUGUCGAGAAUGUAGGGAGGGCUUCAUAUUCCAGCAGCAAAGAGACAUGCGGGAAUACGCACAGGCCACUGUGUAUGUUCGCAAGGUCAUCGACAACAAGAAGAUGAUCAGGGAGGCUGCUCCUGAGCUCGGAGUCAGUGGAUCAGAGGCAGAAGAUGAACGAGAAGAACUGAAAAUGGAAGGGGAGAAAGAUCCAGAUUUCAACCAGACAGAGGAUGGAGCCAAGCGGCAGAAGCUGAAUGAAGGCAGUGUUGGCCUGGCCCUUCCCUCUGCACCAACAGCUACCCCUGCCAAGUCAGGCAUCCGCAGGAGCACCCGGCACAGGAAGCUGCGCGGCGAGAAAGCGCUCAUUGUCUCUGCCAAUCAGACGCUCAAGGAGCUUAAGAUACAGAUCAUGCAUGCGUUCUCCGUUGCCCCUUUUGACCAAAACCUGUCUAUAGAUGGCCGUUGUCUAAAUGAUGAUUCAGCUACGUUAGGAAGCCUGGGCGUUAUUCCAGAAAGCAUUAUCUGUCUCAAGGCAGAUGAGCCUAUUGCAGAUUAUGCAGCAAUGGAUGAUGUGUAUCAGGUUUGCAUGCCUGAAGAAGGAUUCAAAGGCACUGGGCUGCUGGGACACUGAGAGAUGCACUGAGGGAUGUUGAUUUAUCGGAGCAAAGAGAAAGUGUGUCGUCUGAAGCGGUCACUUACAGAUUUUUUUUUUAUAAUGUUCCAUUUCCUUUAGAAGUGUCUGUCUUUGCUUUGAACAUGUGUGCUGGCUUUUAAUAUUUAAAGACAUUUAUGCAUCCUGUACAUUUAUGUGGUUUUUGUCUGACUGUGAAAAGAUACGGGUUGAAAUGUAGGAUUUUUCAGUUGGAAAUCCUAUUGCUCUUUGGAUGCCAAGCUUUCCUGAGAGAAGAGUCUAAUUUUAGGUGCCCAUCAUAUUAAGUGUGUUGGAUGAUAAAUUUCUGUAAAUUAUCAGAGAAAUUUUUCUUUCAACAGAAGUUUGUGGUCACUCUGCAGUAUCAUUCAGAUAUAUUUAAGAAUGCACAAACAACGUAUAUAUUGGAAAUGUAAAUGUACGGUUGUCUAAGACAGGACCCCACCAAAAAAAACAUGUAGUAAAGUGACAUUUUGAGAGACAUGGAAAAUGUAUAGAAGUUUUCAAAAAAAGAGAAAAGGAUUAAAAAAUCGCAUAGUUUAGAUAUGCUGUGCAACUUGAAAUUUGAUGGCAACAGCAGUUGUGUUAGCGACUUCUUUUCUGUAAGU